AUGGUCUUCACCAGAGCCUCCGCUACCUUGGCCCGCCCGGUCAUCCGGGCGGCUAGGUCUUCGGCCGCGGCCUUGCCGCGCCGGACGCUCUGCGCCUCCGCCCCGCGCAUGGCCGCUUCCGCGAGCCUCUUCCCCGGCGAGCCCUCCGGCCCGUCUCUCAAGACCGAGAUCCCGGGCCCGGCGUCCAAGAAGCACACCGAGGACCUGCACAAGGUCUUUGACACGCGGAGCUUGAACAUGCUCACCGACUACAAGAAGAGCAAGGGCAACUACAUUGUGGACGCCGACGGGAACGUGCUGCUUGACGUUUACGCCCAGAUCGCCUCCAUUCCCCUAGGCUACAACAACCCAGCCCUCGCCAAGGUGGCCCAGACGCCUGAGAUGGUCAACGCCAUCAUCAACCGCCCCGCGCUCGGCAACUUCCCACCCGAGGACUGGGCCGAGGUCCUCCGCUCCGGAAUUCUCAAGGUGGCCCCCAAGGGGCUUGACCAGGUCUUCACAGCCAUGGCCGGCUCCGACGCCAACGAGACGGCCUACAAGGCCGCCUUCAUGUGGCGCCGUCAACAAGAGCGCGGCGGCUACGACGUCGACUUCACGCCUGAGGAGACUUCGUCCGCCAUGGACAACAAGUCCCCCGGCGCCUCCGACCUCUCCAUCCUCUCCUUCCGCACCGGCUUCCACGGCCGCCUGUUCGGCUCCCUGUCGACCACCCGCUCCAAGCCCAUUCACAAGCUCGAUAUCCCCGCUUUUGACUGGCCCCAGGCCACCUUUCCGCUCCUCAAGUACCCCCUCGAGGAGCACGCCGAAGAGAACGCCGCCGCCGAGCAGGCCGCGCUCAACGAGGUCGAGCACCUCAUCAAGAACUACCACGUUCCGCCCGCCGCCGUCAUCGUCGAGCCUAUCCAGUCCGAGGGCGGCGACAACCACGCCUCGCCCGCCUUCUUCCGCGGCCUGCGCGAGGUCACCAAGCGUCACAACGUCCUCCUCAUCGUCGACGAGGUCCAGACCGGCGUCGGCGCCACCGGCAAGUUCUGGGCCCACGAGCACUGGGACCUCCCUACACCGCCCGACAUGGUCACCUUCUCCAAGAAGGCACAGACCGCCGGCUACUACUUCGGCAACCCGGAGCUGCGGCCCAACAAGCCCUACCGCCAGUUCAACACCUGGAUGGGCGACCCGGCCCGCGCCAUCCUCUUCCGUGCCAUCGUCGAUGAGGUCGAGCGCCUCGGCCUCGUCGAGAACACGGCCCGCGUCGGCGACUACCUCUUCGCCAAGCUCGAGGGCCUGGCCGCCCGCUACCCGGGCCAGUUCGCCAACUUGCGCGGCAAGGGCCAGGGCACCUUCAUCGCCUUCGACAACCCGCGCCGCGACGAGUUCCUGAAGAAGGCCAAGGGCCUCGGCAUCAACAUUGGCGGCUCCGGCGAGAGCGCCGUCCGCCUGCGGCCCAUGCUCAUCUUCCAGGAGCACCACGCCGAUAUCCUGGUCGAGGCCCUCGAGAAGAUUGUCAAGUCUUGGUAA